CGCUCUUUAUUUAUUCCGCUCCGCUCCGCUCCGCUCCUCUCCUCUCCUCUCCCGUGGAGCGUGCCGCAGCUCUGACCCUGGUUCCAUAUCCACUCCACUGUCUGUCGCCCAUCCCGCGGCACCCACACCCCCAGUGCCAGAGUCCCAGCGAGUCCAGUCCAGAGCCGCCGUCUGUCUGUUCACGCGUCCACACGCACCUCCGCCCCACGCCGAGGAAGGAAAGGAUGGAGAAGGCCCUCACCAAGCUCGGCAGCUUCACCAUCCCCCGCAAGGCAAAGCAGGAGCUCUCCGCCAUCGGCGGCGACAUCUCGCGCAUCUCAAGCACCGUGGAGGAGAAGGCCAAAUGGGUCUUCGAGAAGCUCAAAGGCAAGCCAAACAAGUCCCUCUCUGACCUCCUACGCGAGUACAACCUCCCUCCGGGCCUCUUCCCCCGGAACAUCAUCUGCUACGAGUACGACCAGACGAGCUCGAGGCUGGUGGUGCACCUGGCCAAGCCCUGCGAGGUGAGCUUCAAGGACUCCUCCAUGAUACGGUACGCCACCCGCGUGAAGGCGACCCUGUCCCGGGGCAAGCUCUCGGCGAUCGAGGGCAUGAAGACCAAGGUGGUGGUGUGGGUGAAGGUGACCACCGUGAACCUGGAGAGCUUCAGGUCCGAUAAGGUGUGCUUCAUCGCCGGCGUGAAAAAGCUGAGGCAGAAGGAUGCCUACGAGGUGCCCCGCGAAGCCGCCUCCGUCGACGAAUUCUGAGCUUGAUCUGAUGGUCCAUCUUUUCAUGAUCUCAUCCGUAAUAGUGUCCAUGAUUCGUGCCAUUCUUUUUUAGUCCCAUGUGGUGUGUGGUUCCAGAGGGCGUGCUGGUGAUUGGAUUGGUGUGCUGAGGCUCGGCAUUAUCUGUACAUUGGAUUUGGUUCUUCCUGACGAAAGUCUCCCUUGCAUGUUCUCUGAUCAUUUCGCAUGGGUGGUGUCCCAGUAAUGUGAACAUUUAGCAUGUGUUGUGGCUUUGCA